UGUGUAGACAAACGAUUUCCUCAUUGUGUUUUACCAGGACAGCGAAAGGCGUCGGUGCAUUUACACCGAAUUCAAUAUUUAAAUUUCAAAAUGGGGGCUUGUAUGGCCUUGUGCUCUUUGGCCAGUUGUGCCUCCUGUCUGUGUGGCUCAGCACCGUGUCUUCUGUGUGGCUGCUGUCCCUCCUCCAAUAACUCCACCAUCACACGGCUGGUUUUCUCCUUGUUUUUGCUGAUGGGGACCAUGGUGUCUGUCAUCAUGAUUCUUCCUGGAAUGGAAAACGAGCUCCGCAAAAUCCCAGGAUUUUGUCAAGGAGGCGCAUCUAUAACUGGUAUCAAUAACUUGGCUGACUGUGAUGUCCUUGUGGGCUACAAGUCUGUGUACCGGAUGUGCUUCGCUAUGACCUGCUUCUUCUUUUUGUUCUGCCUCAUAAUGAUUUGUGUCCGUAGCAGCAAAGACCCGCGUGCAGCUAUUCAAAAUGGGUUCUGGUUCUUUAAGUUUCUGAUCCUGGUUGGGAUAACAGUGGGAGCUUUUUUCAUCCCCGAUGGAACAUUUCCUACUGUGUGGUUUUACUUUGGAUUGGUGGGAUCCUUCAUCUUCAUCAUCAUCCAACUUAUUCUCCUAAUCGACUUUGCCCAUUCCUGGAACAAGGUGUGGGUAGGAAAUUGUGAAGAUAGUGACAACAAGUGCUGGUUUGCAGGCCUGUUGACUUUCACCGUACUCUUCUACACCUUGGCUUUUGCCGCUGUGGUACUUUUCUACGUGUAUUACACACAGCCCGAUGACUGCACCGAGCACAAGGUCUUUAUCAGCCUCAACCUCAUCUUCUGCAUCAUCAUCUCCGUUGUCUCCAUCCUUCCCAAGAUACAGGAAGCUCAGCCACACUCUGGUUUGCUCCAGGCUUCUCUCAUCUCCCUCUACACAAUGUAUGUCACCUGGUCUGCAAUGACCAACAACCCAAAUCGGAAGUGUAACCCCAGCUUGUUGAGUCUCCUGUCGAACGUUAGCACGACUGAACCAUCUGGUGACAGCACUCAGGAGCAUGUGCAGUUGUGGGAUGCUCAGAGCAUUGUUGGUUUAGUCAUCUUCCUCUUCUGCACUAUCUAUGCCAGUAUUCGUUCGUCCAGUAACACCCAGGUAAACAAGCUGAUGCAGACAGAAGAGGGGAGAGGGUCGGGUGGAGAAGGUGUGGUGGGAGAGGAUGGCAUACGAAGAGCCUUAGACAAUGAGGAGGAGGGAGUCACUUACAACUACUCCUUCUUCCACUUCCACCUCUGUCUGGCUUCUCUGUACAUCAUGAUGACUCUCACCAACUGGUACCAACCUGACACCUCCACCCAGGCAAUGCAGAGCACUAUGCCAGCUGUGUGGGUGAAGAUGUGUUCCAGCUGGCUGGGUCUUGGGCUUUACCUCUGGACCCUCAUUGCCCCUCUCGUUUUCCCUGAGAGGGAUUUCAACUGAGCACGGUUCGUCUUUGGGCUGUGUGGUUCCUUUUUUUGUUUGUUUAUUUGAUUUGAUUAUCUUAUCCAGUACAUCGAGCCGUGUAAAGGAUGUUAUAAAGGAAAGCGGAAGGAUAUUAUAAAGGAAGGACUUAACAUUUCUUUUAAUUUGUAUUUGAAGUAAAUGUUAAAUUAAUAGAUUUUAUGUUGCCACGGUUUCCCUGUGCAUGUAAUCACAAUGUUUUAAAGUUUGAGUGGAUUUUAAGUUAGCCUGUUUUGAUGAUUUUAACCACAUAAGCCACUUUGAUAGGCUAACCAGACUCUUCUUAUCCUGUUGUGGUAUGAUUGGAUAAGCUUCCUUAAAAUUUCACUGAAUCUAAGUUACUGAACUUUCCCAAAGACUCAGCAACAAGGCACUUUCUCAAUACCUCAGAUGUUUCCUUUACAGAUUCCCUUUUUCGAGGCCUGUGUGUUCUCUGAUUGGCCGAGUCUGAAGACCUCCUGAUUAGCAGGACUCCUACAGUACUGGGACAGCCAGGGUAGCCCUCCACAGGAGCCCCCAAGUGAGGUUGAGUGUGAGCGUUAGAUAAGACUAGUAGGACACACCCCACAGAUCAUAACAGGGUUUCCCCUUUGCUGCUACGCUGUACUCAAAGCCAUGUCACUGCACCUUGUGCCAGAGAGCCCUAAUAAUAAAACGUCUAAUCUCAGCUCUUCCUUGCCGACUACAGUCUAAGGUCAUUUUUCUGCGGUGCUCUGCCUCUCCAUGUCUGACAGUGUUCAGCCCUGUGCAGCCAAGGCAUCAAUAUGUUCCUGUGUAGCUGCCUGUUUGCAGGAGAGAGACACGUAUUGAUCCAAAGCAGUCAGCAUCAUGCGAUGUGCAGCGAAACGGUUGAGGAGGUGAUGGCGUGAACUCCACAUCACCUGUGCUCUCACGGAUGCCAUUAUUUCCAGAGUGCUGCUGAGCAUGAGUUCAGAGACUAGAGAUUUGUAAUGUUGCAAUGUAAAAAAACAACAAAACAUUUCAGAAAAAAUAAGUUGCUGUUAAAUUGUAUUGACCUUCAUAAUAUGCUAAUGGUUAUAAUGGUGGUACGGUCAUUUCAUGCAUUGUAUAGUAGUAACCUACAUUUCAAUAUGAAUGAUUUCAAGUAUGUUUUGUACUUGUGAAAUAAUUAUUUGGUACGAUCCUGAAAAUAGUAAUUCUUUGUCUAUGUUAUGUUGGUUUUCAAAAUUUCUACUCCCACACACACACACACAAAUGAGAUUUCCUGUUUCUCUGGCUGCAUGUGAUUGUGCAAAGUGUUGUGAUUAGUUCCUUUUUAUGUUAAUUUUGUUAACAUGUAUUGACAAGUAUUUCACAUUUUAUAUUAUUGCCCCACUAAGAAACAUAUUUGUGUCAGUUCAUGACAUAUUUCAAAACACUAUUAAGUGCCUUUUAUAGUCCUGCAUUCAAAAAACAAAUAUCACUAAUGCUGACGUGUUUGUUAAUGCCUUGCCUUAUACAUUGUGGCUAAUCAUUAUAUUGUAUGCUGUAAGGAGGCAUGCAUUAUUGCUGUAAUAAAUGUAUAAUUAUCUUUUUUAAAUAAAGACGGCAUCUUUCACUCA